AUGACUAAAUUAAAUUAGCAGAUUUUGGAUUAUCUAUAUUAAAUAAUAGUACUUAUUCUGACUUUUAUUGCGGAUAACCCACAUUAUGCUCUCCUGAAAAGAGUAGCUAUUUUUCUUUUGAAGCAGAUUUGUUUUCUCUUGGAAUAAUAAUAUUAAUGGUGGAUAAUCCAAUCACGUUUAACUAUGAAUCUAAUUAAAACUUAAAUAAAUAUUGGCUUGAUUUAAGAAAAGGAAUUAUUCCAGAUGAAUUAAAUUUAGAAAGAAAAUCAUUUUAUUUUAAAGUUUCCUAAAAAUUAAUAUCAACAUGUCCUCAAGAAAGAAGAAUAGCAUUUGAAGAGUUAAAAUUUAUAAUAAGUUAAAACAAAGAGAAAAUAAUGA